AUGAUAAGUCUUUUUGUACCUCCAAAGUUUGGUAACUUACCACAUGAUUUGGAUCAUGAACAUAUUUUUCAAGCAUCGAAACAUGGAAUAGAUUAUGCACUGCUGCUAGUUCGGGUGGUAAGGCAAGUCAAGAAAUAUGUUUCAUUACUCAUCGAAGAUGAUGACGCUGAAGUUGUAGAGAAAAGAAAUAAGGAUAAUCUAAUUAGUGUUGCAUCAAUACUUAUAAGCUUCGGGUCCGAUGGAAUGUGUGGAACGGGUAAAAUCUUUUUAUAUCGUGCAUUACUAGGUACUGUGAGAUCAAGACAAAUGAUUGCUUUAGCAACAGCAUCUUCUGGUGUUGUAGCUGAACUUUUUCGAAUGACAAAACUAAUCAUAUGGGAUGAAGCUCCAAUGGUGAAUCGAUAUGUAGUUGAAGCAUUAGAUAAAAUGUUAAGAGAUGUUAAUGAUUGUGAAUUUCCAUUCGGAGGUAAAGUUAUUGUCUUAGGAGGAGAUUUUCUUCAAGUUCUACCUGUAGUUCAAAGAGGUAAUAAAGACGGUGUAAUAAGAGUAAGUCACGUUAACUCUUACUUAUGGCCUUUAUUUACAAAACUAAGAUUAAGUGAAAACAUGAGAGCGCAAUUAGAUACAUCGUUUUGUAAAUAUUUACUCGAUAUUGGAGAUGGAACUGCAGAAAAACAUUCAUGUAAUAUGGUACAACUUCCGCCUGACAUAACUAUAGAUUUCGAAGAACACAUCACUUCUUUACAGUCAUUAAUAGAUAUAGUUUACCCAAAUUUAGAUCAUUAUGUUGACAAUCUUCAUUACAUGAUUAACAGAGUAAUUUUAACUCCAAAAAAUGAAUAUGUUGAUGAAAUCAAUAAUUUGUUGAUUAGUCACUUUCCUGGAGACUCUUUCACUUAUUUUAGUUUUGACGAAGCUAUUGAUACAACUGACCAAAGUAUGCAGGAAGACUGA